AUGUCUCAACGAUGCCGGCGUGUGACGUCACCACACAUCGAGGCGGUCAUCUGGAGCCACCAUCACUUCGACCACACUGGCAACCCUAACACUUUCCCUCCAAGCACCUCCCUCAUCGUAGGACCGGGAUUCAGGAGCAUGCUCCCGGGCUACCCAACAAACCCCGACUCCACCAUCCUCGAAAGCGACCUGACUAGCCGGCAACUAAUCGAGCUAGACUUCAGUUCCGGCACGUCCGACAACCACACCUUCAAGCCCCUGACAAUCGGCCGCUUUCGCGCACUCGACUACUUUGGCGACGGCUCCUUCUACCUGCUCGACACCCCCGGCCACGCCGUCGGGCACAUCAGCGGGCUCGCCCGCGUGACGCCCGGGCCGGAAGGCUCCUUUAUCCUCCUCACGGGCGACGCCAUCCACCACCCGGGCGAGAUCCGCCCGAGCAAGUACCUCCCGCUGCCGGCUAGCAUCAUCCCAGACCCGUUCGCGCCGGACCCGCACCCACUCGAGUCGCACUACGGCUGCCCCGGCGCCACGUUCGAGUCGCUCUUCCAAGGGCGCGGUCGGCCGGCCUGCGGGCCCGUGUACGAACCGGCGCGGCCGGAAAGACCGGACGAAGCAUUCAACCACAAUACGGACGAGGCGCUGGAGACGGUGGCCAAGUUACAGGAGGCGGACGCGCAUGAUAAUGUAUUUGUGGCCGCCGCGCACGACGAGGCGUUGCUGGAUCAUGUCGUCUUCUUCCCGGACGGCAAGAUGAACGAGUUCGCGCAGAAACAUUGGGUGAAGCGCGUGCGUUGGCGGUUCCUGAGGGACUUUGCCGGUGCCGUGGGCAAGCUGGAUCAUGAAGUUGGGAGGCGGCACUGGGGUCAUGAAAGGUAA